AAUCUUCUUCAAAAGUUUUCAUAAAAACCAUGUCUGAAUCCCAUUUGCAUUUUCUCUCGCUACUCUUGUUCUGUUGCGUCUGCCCUUCAAGCUUCCACACUAUAAACUUCGAUAAUAGUAGUUAUGUUGCUUGUGGUCCACAUCAGACUCAAGCUCUCACUGAGUUCAUGAACGAUUUUGAUAGCAGCCACUGCAACCUCAGUGAUCCCUAUAAUGGAGUCUGGUGCGAUAACUCCACCGGUGCCGUCACAAAGCUACGACUCAGGGCCUGUCUCCGUGGAACUCUAAAGCCCAACAGUAGUCUCUUCAGGUUACAUCAUCUUCGUUACCUAGUCCUCGAUCAAAACAGCUUCAUCUCAUCUUCACUUCCUUCUGAGUUUGACAAUCUCAACAGGUUAGAGGUAUUAUCUCUUUCAAGUAAUGGAUUCGUGGGUCAAGUUCCUUUUUCAUUCAAUAAGUUAAGCCUCCUUUCCGUUUUAGACCUUUCCCAAAAUGAGCUCACCGGUAGUUUCCCACUUAUACAAAACCUAACAAAGCUCUUUUUUCUGGAGCUUUCUCAUAAUCAUUUCUCAGGAACUUUAAAUCCCAACAGUAGCCUGUUUGAGUUGCACCACCUCCGUUUCCUUGGUUUAGGUUCCAACAACUUACGGUCAUCAAACCUUUACGAAUUUGGAAAUCUCAACAGAUUAGAAGUUUUGGAUCUUUCUUCCAAUGACUUUUUCGGGCAAGUUCCUCCUACAAUUAGUAAUCUAACCUUGCUAACCGAAUUGCACCUUCAGUACAACCAUCUCACUGGUAGUAUCCCAAUUUUGAAAAACCUAACCAUGCUCUCCGUUCUAAAUCUCUAUGAGAAUCACUUCUCUGGAACCAUUCCUUCUUCUCUCCUCACUAUGCCAUCCUUAUCACGUGUUGAUAUUAGUGUAAACGACCUCACCGGUUCUAUUGAAGUUGACAACUCAUCUACCUCAUCUAGUCUCCAAUACUUGUACCUUGGGCAUAACCAUUUUGAAGGAAAAAUCAUAGAGCCUAUCUCAAAGCUCAUCAACCUCACACAUCUAUACCUUUCUUUCCUAAACACAAGCUAUCCAUUUGACCUAAACCUAUUAUCCUCUCUCAAAUCUUUGUUGCACCUUGAUCUUUCUGGUAACAGUAUAUCUCAAGCCAGCUUAAGUUCAGAUUCAUCCAUCCAAACAAACUUGGAGAGUUUGAUGUUAAUAGGCUGCGGCAUCGGCGAGUUCCCAAAAAUCGUAAAGAAACUUGAAAAGUUGGAGUUAAUAGAUUUGUCUAACAACAGAAUCAGAGGGAAAUUACCUGGGUGGUUAUGGAACCUUCCGCAUCUGGACACAGUGUUUGUUACAAACAAUGGAAUUAAUGGUUUCGAAGGUCCAUUAGAAGUCUUGGAAAACUCAUCAAUGAAGAAUUUAUUUAUGGAGAAUAACUGUUUUGAAGGAGCAGUUCCUAUGCUACCACUCUCUAUCAACAUCUUUGCUGCACACAACAAUAGAUUCACAGGGAACAUACCUCUUUCAAUCUGCAAUUGUACAUCUCUCACGCAAUUGUUGCUAGGCUACAACAACCUCACUGGUCAAAUUCCUCAAUGCUUUAGUCGCUUGAUGUUUUUAAAUCUCCGCAUGAACAACUUGGAAGGAAGUAUUCCUGACGCGUUCUUUGCUGAUGCGCCGCUUCAGUCAUUUGACGUUGGCUACAAUCGACUAACUGGGAAGCUUCCAAGGUCACUUGUAAAUUGCUCCUCUCUACAGUUUCUAAGCGUUGACAACAACAAAAUUGAAGACAAGUUUCCUUUCUGGCUCAAGGAUUUACCGGAUUUGCAAAUACUUACCCUUCGUUCAAAUGAGUUCUUCGGUCCUAUAGCUCCUCCUGGUCAAGGUCCUCUCGGGUUUCCAGAGCUACGCAUAUUUGAGAUAUCUGAUAAUAAGUUUACCGGAAGCUUGCCACCAAGUUACUUUCUGAAUUGGAAAGCAUCAUCCCUUAGGACGAUUGAAGAUUGGGGUAUAUAUACGGUAAACCAAAAAAUUACAUUGGAGACAGUCGGGUAUAUCUAUAGAGAUACUUUAGAUUUGCGAUACAAAGGUUUAUCUAUGGAGCAAGAGUUUAUCCUUGCUUCCUACGCAACCAUUGAUUUGUCUGGAAACAGACUUCAAGGACAGAUUCCUGAAUCAAUUGGUCUCCUGAAGGCACUGAUUGCACUCAAUUUAUCAAACAACGCCUUCACAGGCCGUAUUCCUUUGUCUUUAGCCAAUCUGGACAAGCUGGAGUCACUUGACCUAUCAAGCAACAUACUCUCAGGGACCAUUCCUAGUGAACUUGGGAGCCUCUCGUUUUUGGAGUACAUAAAUGUGUCUCACAACCAACUCAGAGGAGAAAUACCACAAGGAACACAAAUUACUGGACAGCCUAAAUCAUCCUUUGAAGGGAAUGCAGGCCUUUGUGGUCUUCCUCUCCAGGAAAGUUGCUUUGUGACUAAUGCUCCACCCACACAACAACCUAAGCAAGAAGAAGAAGAAGAAGAGGUACAAGUGUUGAACUGGAAAGCUAUAGUUAUUGGGUAUGGACCUGGAGUGUUGCUUGGAUUUGGAAUAGCACACCUCAUUGCAACAUACAAACCGGAGUGGCUCGUUAAGAUAAUUGGUCCGAACAAGCGCAGAAACCGUUAAGAAUUUUAAAGUUUGAGUAUGAUCCUUUAAUGUAUGUCAAGUGUUGCUCGUGUACGGAAUCAUCUAUUUACGUUUGUUGUAUCAUUAUCUGAUGUUUUGUUUCUAUUUCGUUUUCAAUAAAGAAAGAAUGGUGAAUGUUUGUUGACAA